AUGCUGGGACUUCCUGGAGAGUGGAAUUUAUCCUGGGCUAACCCAGGUCGCGCCAGCGAGACUCUGGUUCAACGGUUCCUCCUUCUAUGCUUGUCUCAGGCCUCGGGGUGGGGACCCGGUGGCAGCUGCUCUUGGCCAACUGCCCUGAGAGGGGCAAUGGCGCUGAGUCUCCUGCUCUCGGCGCUGCUGCUGCUGCCCUGCUUUGGGACUUCAGUUAGGGCUCGAGAUGCCCAAGUAAAAUGCAUUCAAGUCUACCGCGGAUUCUCUGCCUGCAUACUGCAGCUGGGAAACAGCAUGACUGAGGCACAGGGCCUGCGAGCAGUCUGCAGGUACUGGGAAGAGUUUCAUACCUGUGCCCUGACUACUCUCCAGGACUGUGAAGAGGAAGCUACCUUAAUCUGGGAGACAUUAAAAAAGGAAUUAAAGGAUCUCCACUUCCCUGGGAGCUUAUUUGAGCUAUGCAGCCCCAAAAGUUCUGUUGGACCAGGCCCUUUGUACCUACUACCUUGGCACCUUCUGGGCACUGCUCUACUCCUGGUUUGGCUCUAAGCAAGCCUAGGCCAGUGCAUGGAACCUGCCACCCUGGGCCAAACCUCCUGUCCAAAGGAGAGGAGACCCUUUAUUGCCUUGUCCUAGGUCACUUGAUCUAAUGACUAAUCCUAACAAGCAAAAGUGUGCUAACACCCACAGGUUUCCAACCUAGGUAGCACCCCACCUUCCCACAAUAAAUCCUGAGAAAAGAACCUCAAUAUAUCCUUUGCAAUU